UUCAGUUGAGGAACACACCUCUUAACAGCUGACUAGAGCUGUGUAGACGUGUACUUUCCGAGGUGAUUCAAACUUGUCACUAUCGUUUGAAAUAUUCAUAAUUAAUACGUUUCGCGUAUUUUUUCAACGGAUUCUUUUGCCACAAAAUGGCGACAUUGGAGGAACUGAAGCUGCGGGUUAGAGAGCUGGAAAACGAACUGAUUAAGUGUAAGCAGAAGCAGUGUGCCAUGGAGGAUGCUCUACACAGACCCAGGAUUGAGAAAAUGAGUGCCGAGGUCGUGGAUUCAAAUCCAUACAGUCGUUUAAUGGCCUUAAAGAGAAUGGGCAUCGUGGAUGAUUAUGAGAAAAUCCGGUCAUUCACUGUGGCUGUGGUGGGUGUUGGUGGCGUUGGCAGCGUCACAGCUGAAAUGCUCACUCGAUGUGGCAUUGGUAAGCUGCUGCUCUUCGACUAUGAUAAAGUGGAGCUGGCCAACAUGAACAGACUGUUCUUCCAGCCUCACCAGGCAGGACUCAGCAAAGUGGAAGCUGCUGAACAUACGCUCAAAAACAUCAACCCUGACGUGUCGUUUGAGACUCACAACUACAAUAUCACCACCAUGGACAAUUUCACACAUUUCAUGGAUCGGAUUUGUCAUGGUGGGCUGGAGGAGGGGACACCGGUCGAUUUGGUCCUGAGCUGUGUGGACAAUUUUGAAGCCAGGAUGGCCAUCAACACCGCCUGUAAUGAACUGGGUCAAAUCUGGAUGGAGUCUGGAGUCAGUGAGAACGCCGUGUCAGGACACAUCCAGCUCAUCGUCCCUGGAGAGACAGCCUGCUUCGCUUGUGCACCCCCCCUAGUGGUGGCAGCCAAUAUUGAUGAGAAGACUCUAAAAAGGGAGGGAGUGUGUGCUGCCAGUUUACCAACAACCAUGGGCGUCAUUGCAGGAAUCCUGGUUCAAAAUGUCCUCAAGUAUCUGCUGAAGUUCGGCACCGUCAGUUAUUACCUCGGCUACAACGCCAUGCAGGACUUCUUUCCUACUAUGGCCAUGAAGGCCAACCCCCAGUGUAACGACCGACACUGCAGGAGGCAACAGGAGGAGUUCCAGAAGAAAGAAGCUGAGCGACCUAAGGUAGAAGUCGUGGAGGAGGAGGAGGAGGUGGUGGUGCAUGAGGACAACGAUUGGGGUAUUGAACUAGUCUCAGAGGUGACUGACGCAGAAUUACAGGCUGCAACGGGGACAGUUCCCGACCUCCCUGAAGGCAUCACUGUGUGUGUGUUUGUUUGUCUGGACCAGGAGACAAGCAGAGGAGAGACGGUGGAGGAGACGGAGCAGAGUUUAGAAGAGCUGAUGGCUCAGAUGAGGAAGUUGUAGAUGAUGUUCUCGUGUUUACUAACACACCAGAACCGUCCACCGCUCUGGUUCCAGACCUAAUGUCCCCAGAGCUGAUGGUCUGGAGAAAAGUCAGAGACUGGUUCCAUUAACGCACGAUUAGAACCAACAGCUGAAGGAAACAUUUAAUUCUCCUCCAUAAUCACACACUCGGCUUCAUGAAAACCUGGUUUAAUUUUCUGCUGAUAAAAUAUUUAUUAAAAUGAAUACGAUAUUCAAAAU